CCAUAUCGCUGCAGCCACACUCUCUCGUGUCUUUCAUAAGAAGCCAGCCGGAUGAGUGCUAGCUGAGAGAAGAAAUUAAGAAGUGAUGGCACGGCAUGAAGACAAGCCAAGCUUUGGAAAGGAGGAAUAUUGAGGAGAUGGUGGGACAGUAAGCAGGUUUGCUGGGGGCAAAGUCUGCACAAGAUUAUUGACCAACUGUUGACACCAUUCAACAGAGACUGAGGACUCACUUUGUUGGCUGAACUUUCCUGGUUACUGUUUUAAACUGAGGAAGGAGCAUCACUACUAUUCAGCUUUUAAAGGAGUUUGAAUAACCCAGGCUUUGGGUGAUUUAGUCAUUUUGAAGAACUUGAGGUAAACGUCAAUUCUCAAACGACACUCCCAUGGAAACUUCCCGGGGAUUUGUAGGCAGCGCCUCCUAAUCUCAGCCGUUCAAAAUGAGCACGCCUAAGCUCAACAACUGUUUCCCCAUCGGCCCGAUGUCCUCAGCUCUGAUGCGUUCCACGGCCAUGGCGGCCACCGGAGACAAACCCGGACCUCUGGCUAAAGGGGCUUUUUCCUCCUCUGAGUGGGACACGGACAAAGAAAAGGAGGAGGCUCGGUGUAAGAGCCAGCAGCAGCAGCAUGAACAGCAGCAGGAACAGCUGGAGCAGCAGACACAACCGACCCCUCAGUCCCAUGUGGUGGAGGAGUUCUUCUGGAUAGGAAACAGCAUCGUGGCUUUCUCUAAGUGGAGGCUCGGCUUCAUGGUGGAGAAAUGUAUGAGCUCCAUGCAGAGUGGGACCCAGAUGGUGAAGCUGCGCGGCGGCUCCAAGGGACUGGUGCGCUUCUUCUUCCUGGACGAACACAAGUCGUGCAUCCGCUGGAGGCCCUCGCGCAAGAAUGAGAAGGCCAAGAUCUCCAUCGACUCGAUCCGUGAGGUGUGUGAGGGGAAGCAGUCUGAGAUCUUCCAACGGUACGCCGAAGGAAGCUUCGACCCAAACUGCUGCUUCAGUCUGUACUAUGGGGAGCACAUGGAGUCCCUGGACCUGGUGUCCGGCACAGGAGAGGAGGCGCGCACCUGGAUCACCGGACUCAAAUACCUGAUGGCUGGAAUCAGUGAUGAAGACAGCCUGGCUAAGAGACAGAGGACCAGAGAUCAGUGGCUGAAGCAGACCUUCACCGAGGCCGAUAAGAACGGAGACGGCAGCUUAAGCAUCGGCGAGGUCCUGCAGCUGCUGCACAAACUCAACGUCAACCUGCCAAGACAGAAGGUCAAGCAGAUGUUCAAGGAGGCCGACACAGAUGACAACCAGGGCACGUUGGGUUUCGAGGAGUUCUGCUCCUUCUACAAGAUGAUGUCGACUCGCAGAGACCUGUACCUCCUCAUGCUCACCUACAGCAACCACAAAGACCACCUGGACGUCGACGACCUGGUGCGCUUCAUGGAGACGGAGCAGAAGAUGACCAAAGUGUCCAAGGAGCACUGCCUGGAGAUCAUCAACAAGUUUGAGCCGUGCUCAGAAAACCAGAAGCAAGGGGUUCUGGGAAUCGACGGUUUAACAAACUACACGCGCAGCCCUGAAGGAGACAUCUUCAACCCGGCCCACUACGAGGUGAACCAGGACAUGAACCAGCCGCUGUGCAACUACUUCAUCGCCUCCUCGCACAACACCUACCUGAUGGGAGACCAGCUGAUGUCUCAGUCCAGGGUGGACAUGUACGCCUGGGUGCUGCAGGCCGGCUGUCGCUGUGUGGAAGUGGACUGUUGGGACGGUCAGGACGGAGAGCCCAUCGUCCACCACGGCUACACCCUCACCUCCAAGAUCCUCUUCAAAGACGUCAUCGAGACCAUCAACAAGUACGCCUUCGUCAAGAACGACUACCCCGUCAUCCUGUCCAUCGAGAACCACUGCAGUGUUCCUCAGCAGAAGAAGAUGGCGCAGUACCUAAUCGAGAUCCUCGGGGACAAACUGGACGUGUCCAACAUCAAAGCUGAAGAGUCUGGACGGCUGCCGUCACCAGAUUUACUCAAGGGCAAGAUCCUGGUCAAGGGGAAGAAACUUCCUCCAAACAUCGACGAGGACGCGGAGGAGGGAGACGUGUCUGACGAGGACAGCGCUGACGAGAUGGAGGACGACUGCAAGCUGAUGAACGGAGAUACGUCGGCCAACAGGAAGCAGGUGGAGAACAUGGCCAAGAAGAAGCUGGACAACCUGAUGAAGGAGUCCAAAAUACGAGACCGAGAAGAUCCCGACAGUUUCACCAUCGCAGCUCUUCCUCCUGCGGGGAAGGCGACAGACAAAACCAGCUCCAAGGGUAAAAGUGAGGACGGGACGGACACAGCGGACGAGUCUAAUCCCAGCGGCAACAAGCGGACAGGACGCUCCUUCAUGGGGAGCUUCUCCAAACGCAAGAAAAAGACAACAAAGCUGAAAAAGACGUCGAGCUUUGAGGACACAGAUACGGACCAAGAGAGCACGAGUAGUGCCUCCAGAGCUCCUUUACACCACAGCAAGAAGAAGAAGACCAUGAAGUUGUCGAGAGCUCUGUCCGAUCUGGUCAAGUACACGUGCUCUGUGGGUCUGUAUGACAUCGAGGCACAAGCGAACUGCAGCUGGCAGGUGUCGUCUCUCAGUGAGACUAAAGCCCACCAGGUGAUGCAGCAGAAAGCCACGUCCUUCAUCCAGUUCAACCAGAAGCAGCUCUCCCGUAUCUACCCUUCCUCCUACCGCGUCGACUCCUCCAACUUCAACCCCCAGCCCUUCUGGAGCGCCGGCUGCCAGCUCGUUGCGCUAAACUACCAGUCAGAGGGCUGCGUCCUGCAGCUCAACAGAGCCAAGUUCUACAGCAACGGCAACUGUGGCUACAUCCUCAAGCCCGCCUGCAUGUGUGAAGGUGCCUUUAACCCGAGCCUGGAGGACCCUCUGCCGGGUCAGAUGAAGAAACAGCUGGUGUUAAAGAUCAUCAGCGGACAACAGCUGCCCAAACCCAAAGACUCCAUGCUGGGAGACAGAGGAGAGAUCAUUGAUCCCUUCGUGGAGGUGGAGGUCAUCGGGCUCCCCAUUGACUGCUGCAAGGAGCAGACCAGAGUGGUGGAUGAUAACGGGUUCAACCCGAUGUGGGAGGAGACUCUGGUGUUCACGGUCCACAUGCCGGAGCUCGCCCUGGUGCGUUUCCUCGUGUGGGAUCACGACCCCAUCGGUCAGGACUUCAUCGGCCAGCGCACAAUCGCCUUCAACAGCAUGAUGCCAGGUUAUCGCCAUGUUUAUUUGGAAGGUAUGGAGGAGGCUUCAAUCUUUGUUCAUGUAGCUGUGAAUGACAUCACUGGUAAGGCCAGAGCGGUCAGCGGCAUAAAAGGGCUGUUUCACAGAAACCCAAAGCAGGCUUCCCUGGACAGCCAUGCUGCUGCACAGCACAGCCGUAAGCACCCGUUCGGCGCCCACCUCCUGCGCCGCACUGCCAGUGCACCCACCAAAGGCCAGCCCAAAAUCAAGAAGGGCUUCCCAGAGAUCGACACCAAAGACUACAGCUCAGAGGGCGCGAGUGAGGAGCGAGAGUCUGAGGACCGGGACAAGGCCUCUGCUGCCGCCUCUCACCAGACCACAACACCACAACACCGCAGCAGGGACUCGCUGGCAUCGCAUCAAGCCAAGGGCCCCUGGGACCGUCCUGACACCAAUGGGGCUUUUCACCCUGAGGAGGGUAAAGACUCUUCCUCAGUGCAGGAACCAGCUCCCUCUCCUCCAUUUCUUGCACUAAACUCUGAAGAGGCCAGAAAGCCACGAUUCAUCCGCUCUGUCUCCACUCCAGAAGAAAGCUUGUCUCCCCAUCACUCCUCAUCUUCACCACCGUCCUCGUCAUCCUCAGCAAUAAAAUCAGACUCCCCGUUGGCCCUCCCUUCCAAGGUGGCAGACAAGGUGAUCAGAGACUUUAAGGAACCGUCUAUCCUUUCUAGAACAACAGAUUCCCCCCUCAAGAACCCCACUGAGAAAACUGUUCCAUCACAGUGCAGUCAAGAAGCCCAGGCCAACCGAAGCCCCCCCUCACUGAUGGAGCACACCCAAAACCAGAGCGAGGACCGAGGAGCUCUGACAGAGAAGAAAAAUGAUCCAGCAGAGUUAAAGUCCAGCAGCAGAACAGAGCCUCCGGCUGCAGCAGCAAAGACAGCCCAGGCCAGGAAAGCGCUUUUCAGCAACCUGCCAACACAUAUACCAGUAAGAAGAACAAAGAGCGAGGGUCAAGUUCAGGUCGCUGUAGACUCAGACCAUCAGGUCCAGUCAGCAGUACCAGAGAUCUGCAUGGACGCUACCAUGAACGACCGCCUGUGGAGCAAGUUAGAGCCGGACAGCCACAGAGACAGCAUGUCCUCGUCCUCCAGCAUCUCCUCCAGUGACACAGUCAUCGACCUGUCCCUGCCUAACCUGGCCAGGAAGAGCCUGCCCGCCCCCGCCAGCGGCGCCUUCGACCCCCCCUGGGUCAACUGUCGUCACUCAGCGUUGGUCUCCUACGACACCCUGCGAGUCAGCAAGAGCAAGUCCAACCCCAACCUUCAACAAAGUGAGUGUGACGAGGAUGAGCUGAAGCCCCGCCCCCUGCAGCCCCCGCAGGAGGCUUCCUUGGACUCCCCCGGGAGACUGACUCAAAGGAGGCACACCUGGAGCCGGCUCUACAUGGAGGGGCUGAAGCAGUCAGCGUCCAGCAGACCGUCCACCGCAGCAGCUGCAGCCCAAACAUCUGCAGCAGCUGCAGCCCAAACAUCUGCAGCCUCCAUGUCCAAGAGCCUCGGUGACCUGACCUCCGACGACAUCUCCUGUAACUUUGACAGCAAGUACCGCAGCAUCAGCCGCAGCUUCAUCGUCAGGCCCGCCAGAGACCAGCUCCGCAGGGGCAGCCCGCGUAAACCACGGCCGCCCAGCGACCUCACAGAACAACUACGGCGGCUGACCGAUGUGGAGCCCUUGACGGCGAGCGACUUCAACAAAACCCGAGCAGCUGCAGAGCCCCAGGAGGAGCCGGAGGAGGAGACCCUGGUGAGGAGGACUUCCUCCAGGAGCCAGAGCCGGGUGCGCUACAUCGCCAACAGGGCUAAGAAGGCCCAGGAGAGGCAGAGGCUCCAGGGCCUGGUCCAGGGCAGGAGUGCUAGCUUUAGCCUCUCUGGUAGUGGGAGUGUUGGCAGCCCCAUCGAGGAGCGGGGGAACCCUGAAGGGGCGUGCUGCGUGGCCCGGAGUCCCUGCAGCAGCCAGGACCUGCUGAGUCAGCUCGCCCCCCACGGCGCCCUCUCCCCGAGACAGUCCCAUUCCUCUCCAGACCCUGAAAACAGUGAAGUCUUUUUCAUGCUCAAACUCUAAGAACUGGCUGACUUGGAACUGAGCGUGAGAGACACAGCGAGAAACUUGUUUUGGAAUACAGUCACAUGUUUUUUUUUCUUUUUUAGAAAAUGUUGCAAAUCCAGCAGAAAAUCUCUGAGAACUGGUUCUAACAGCCGAGUGUUUCCACAUCGUCACAUCCCUUCUUUUUUAACCUGAGCACUCCUGAAGCUCCGUCAUCUGUCUGCACAUAACCUUAGAUAACUGCCAGAAUGUAUUUAGUCGACCCUGGAGCUUUUAAAUAGAUGUUUACGUUGACUCUCCUUCACUCUCAAAGUCUUUUUUUUUUUUUUUACUUGACUUGAGCACACGGUAGCAUUGAUCGCAACUUAGAGAGCACGAUUUUAAAUGACCCAUUUCUUUUUUUAAAUUCUUUUACCUGAGUUGUAACAAUGAGAUGCUUUAUAAUCAGCGGAUCCAUCCACGAGCAAUACUUUGAAAACGAUGGCAUGCGAUCACAUCGACGAUAAUGUACAGUUUGUUGCUUCAAGCUACUGCUUCUCGUGUCCUCGCUGAAGAAUUCAAAAGGAAUAUUUCCACAUGCAGGACAAAAGAUCCUCAUUCUUAGUACUCCAUGUGUAGUGUUUAUGUUGUAAUUGGACCAAACUGCCAACAUUCUGCUCUGUGGCAUGUCACAGCACUGAGCUCCUCUUCAUGCUGACUUUAGUCUUUUUUAGUCCACUGCAUGUCUAUGAUGCACUGUAAUGUUUGUCCUGACGCUGUGCUUUGUUACAAAAAGACUUUUUACAUGAUUUGUUAAUAGUCCAAACUUCUGAUGAUCCCGUCUGAAACUCUGUGUUCUCAUUGGUCCGUGGUACAAACACAAGAUGGAGAUGAUCCGUACCGAAGCACGUUUACUCGUCGGCCUGCUGUCAUGUUUGCACUGCCAUGCCAGUUUGUUUGUGCAACAUUUUUGGGGGCAAUAUUUAAUUCAAACUGUGUAAUUAUGACCUGAAUAAAUCUCAAAUGAAUAUUA